AUGUCAAGAAGCGAAAACGACAUUGGCAUCGGUCAUUGUACGGAAUUAUGUCAAGCUGUUCGAGGCAUUGGCGCCUCUAAUAGCGACGUGCCCUCUCAUGAUCAAUUGAGAAGUGCGCUUGGUCUCGGCGCUGAUGGCUUCUUGCUAGGAACACUUGGGGAGCUCCGGGAGAGAAAAGACUGCCCUUUCUGUCAGAUAAUCCUGAAAGCAUUCAACGAGGCAGUUCUCAACUCCGCCGCCAAAGAUCCAGGACUUGAAGCCCCCGAGGCUGAACCAGUCCGCAUCACCAUUCACCCAGGGGAACACUGCCUUCGGCUUUCGCAUCCUUCGCUAUACGGAACAAGAAUCUUUUUUGUUGAGAACAAUACCGAGAAACUUAACCCAGAGCAGGGCCCUUACAUCGCAAGAGAGGUCAAAGAAGAACACGUUUCAACAUCGCUUGUUCGUUCAUGGCUGCAGCAAUGUGAGGAGAAGCACGGAGACUCUUGCUUCCACCUUCCUCUGUUCCUUACUAAUGGAACCCUCUUUCAGAGAGACAUCAAGUUCACUCCAGUCCCAAGCCAUUUGAUGCCCACCGAAGUGAAGGGCAUAGAGUACAAAACCUUGUCAAUAAAUGAGGAGAAAACGUCCAAUUUUCGACUGCUAGAUCUUGAGACCAAGUGUGUUCGGUACAUGCCGCUUGGUACCCGAUAUGUGACAUUGAGCUACGUCCGGGGCCAAUCGCCCGCCUACAAGCUCCUCCAAAGCAACUUCGACUUCCUCCAAACAUCUGGGGCACUGGACGAGAUUGCUACAGAGCUGCCGCGGACCAUAGCUGAUGCUAUGGAGCUUGCGAGAUCUCUGGGCGAAAGGUAUCUCUGGGUAGACGCGCUCUGCCUCAUUCAGGACCACCCACGGGACAUGAAAGGUGGUAUCGAAAUGAUGAACUCCAUCCUUCGAGGAUCACACUUUGCGAUUGUUGUUGCAUCUGGAACAGAUGCGCAAUCGGGUAUACCGGGAGUCAGGCCUGGCUCAAGGCAACUCUCCCAGCACAUUGCCCAGCUCAAUCCGAGGAUGAAGAUCGCCGUUGUCCACAGCAUGUACUGGCAUCUACAAAACAGCGCAUACAACCAGCAAGGAUGGGUACUGCAGGAGCUAGUUCUUUCUCGGCGAACUCUCAUCUUUGUCAACAACCAGGUGUAUUUCCGAUGCACGCAAGCCAACUGGUGCGAGGAGACUGCCGCCGAUCUUCAAGAGAAAUGGGUAGACUUUGAUGAUGACAGUAUCUUGCGAAUCGCAAGACCUGGAUCUGGAAAUCUGGCUGCGUGGGAUGUCUAUCAAAAGCUGUGUGAGGAUUACUCGGACCGUACACUUGGGCACGGCGGCGACGCUCUUCGGGCGCUCUCUGGUAUUCUACGCCAACUCGGGGGUGAAUUGACAUCGUGGUAUGCCGACGGGCUUCCUGCAAAUUACCUCAACCUGGCGCUUCUCUUUCUAUCCACGGACGGUAAAUUGCGACGACGACCUGGGUUUGCGAGCUACUCUUGGGCAGGCUGGUCGGGCCCAAUAAGCUGGGCGCCCGAGACUCGUCUGGGGCCAGGCCAUGACGACCAGGCAGCUGAAAGGCUUUUCGACUGGAUUCAAAAAAGAACAUUGAUCCAGUGGCAUGUUUGGACGAGAGGAGGGACAGUAAGCGAGGUAGAUAACAUCGAGGAAUAUAACGAGCCGAGCCGAAUUGAACGAUUCACCAACCGAUACGCGCGCGCACUCACCGACGAGACUGUGGAAUUCCUCAAACAGUCGCGAAAUCUCCAAGAUUCCUUUCUUUUAGCCAGUCAUUCACCUUGGUCUCUAUUAUUUCCCCUCCCGUGCUUCACACAGGGCAAGCGAUACGGUCAAGGGAUAGGAGGAGGAGGCAUCUACUCGGACGACGAGAUCAACAGCCAAGCCGAGGUCAACAAGUGGGCCUACAACAUCAAGCAAGAUAUUUCCUGGUUGCUCUUGAUCUCUUGGGUGACCUAUCGUGCAUCCACGGCGCGUAACUGCAAAGCACGAGAGCUCUCUGGUCCGACUACUGUGAGACGCGAGGGAGACGAGCUGGAUUACGAGUUUCGAAAUACGUCUGCUUCAGAGGUACAGGAGAUUGUGGCCGAUGACAAUGACGAACCUUUGGAUGCUCGAGUUCGCAGUGCGAGGAGGGCGAUUGAAUCGAUCCGAGAAGAGAAUAAAGGGCCUGUCCCUAAACUUCCAACAUUCCCUAUACAUCCUGUUAUCCUGUUCAAAGCCUUAUCCAUCCGCCUCAUCACGGGUCCUCCACCCCCUUUGGAGCCGAAGCAGGAUCCCUCAUCAAAGGCGCUGCCACGCCAUGAGCGUCCACUACAGUGGGUGAAAGGAUCACCUCUCUUCACCUCAGAUGGCGAGCUCGUAGGAUCCCUACAUGUAGAUAACAUCGCUUCGCACACGCCAGGCGUUGAGGUGGAGUGCCUCAUCAUCGCAUACUCCAAAGAACCCAUAGCAGGCUCGGCUCUCCCUAAGCCAAAAAGCCCAGUAGGCGAUGACGAAGAUUGGAAUCUCUUCUGGGUCAUGCACGUAGUGGAGAAGGAUGGCAUCUAUGAACGGCGAGGGGUUGGGCAAGUGUUGGAUUCGGUAGUCACCAAAUCGUGCGUCCGACCGGUGGCCAAGGUGAUACUUCUUGGUUAG